AUGUGGGGGGACAAGGUUUAUUUAGGCUUGCGUGACUACUACCAACAAUCGGUGCAUAUACGAGCUACAAAAAAGUUGACUAAAAGAUUCUUCGGGCCCUUUGAGAUCAUAGAACGUAUCAGACCUGUUGCAUAUCGCUUAGCACUACCAAGUAGAUCACGCAUACACUUGGUGUUCCAUGUGCCUUUGCUACGACAAGCUUUUGGAAAUAUUGAACCAACACCACUACCGGAGUUUUUUUUUUUUGAAGAACCACCACAGCAAGAGCUCGAGGAUGAUCUCCUUGUUAAGGAGGGGGAAGUUGAUAAAGACCACGGGAUCAACACUACUAACCCAACUGCUGGAAACCAAUGGAGGAACGUCGGUCCAAGAGAAUCACUAAAAGGCCAACCUGUUUUAUGGAUGGGAAAACCUAGAAGUAGUCAUAGAACGAUGCAUAGUUUUAGGACGAGGACUGGUUCUUUUCUCCUGAGUCAAUAA